CUUAUUGUGAGUCAAACAGCUCUGUUCUUUGGAGUGUAACAACAAGCAGAAGCUUCUCUGCUUGCAAGGAGAUUUUCCUCCUAACACUUGAGAUGGAAACAACAAAUGAUUAUGAUUCUAAUUACACGGAUUAUCUGGAUGAAAUGUGUUCUAACCUGGGUGGCAACAAUCUGGGAAGUCGUCUCUCCAUCAUUUACUACUUUAUGUUUCUCUUCAGUCUCUUUGGCAGUGGGCUGGUCCUGUUCAUCAUCCAUCGGUUUGAGAAGCUGACCACUGUCACCAACAUCUUCCUGCUGAACCUGGUGUUGUCCUCCAUAAUCUUCAUGAGCAGCCUUCCCUUCAUUGGAGUCUACAUGCAGCUCUCCAACUGGAUCUUCAACAAGGUUAUGUGCAAGAUUGUGGGCAGCAUCUACUAUCUGGGCUUUUACAGUUCUGUGCUCUUUCUAACUCUUCUGACUUUUGACCGACACCUUGCUGUUGUGUACUCCUUGAGCGCAUUGCGAGUGAGGAACAGAAGCUAUGCCGUAGUCUCCUGCAUUAUGGUAUGGGUGAUCAGCAGCCUGGCGUGCAUCCAGCCGAUGCUUAUCCACACCACUUUUGUGAAUAAUAUCGAGCACAAAACCUACUGUGAUGAGUAUUCAGGUAGCAUAUCUCAUAUUGAUGUUCAUAUGCUAAAGAUAUCUGGAUUUUACAUUCAGCUUUUACUUUUCUUGAUCUUACCCCUGGCUGUUAUUAUCUACUGUUACAUUAGGAUUGCAAUCACUGUCUUAUCAUCAAGGAUAGUCACCAAGUUCAGGACAGUCAGGCUGAUUUUCAUCAUUGUCGUGUUUUUUUUCCUGAGCUGGACCCCUUUCAACAUUGUACUGCUGAUGCACGAUAAUACCUGUGAGGAGAAGAAGAGAAGGUUUUAUGCACUUCAGGUCACUCGUAACAUUGCCUACAUUUACUUUUGCCUCAGUCCCAUUUUCUACACAUUUGUGGGGAAAAAAUUCCAAACCUACUUUAAACUGAUGCUGGUGAAACAGUUCCCAGUGUUGCAGAAGCACAUUUCUGUCAGUUAUAACAACAGAACCAAUAGCUCCACAAAAAGUAUGCAAAACGAGCUUUAGGAAUGGGGAUCUCUGUAUUUCUGACAUGUGUUCAACAAACCGUGAUUUAACAAGAAACUGAAGGAAGUGGUAAGUCAGUUGCUUAAGGACUGUAAAGGUGCAGAGCAAGUCCUAGUAGGGCUACAGUUUUGCCUAUAGCAGGAUUAAACCUGAAAUAAGUGAUUUCUGUGCCCAACCCUAUUGGGAUUUAGUUCAUGUAUCAGAUUUGUUCAUAUACGGAGUCAGACAGUAGACUCAGUGCUUGUUAGCCUGUUAUCCUCUGGAUAUUAUUCCUGCUGCUAGCGGAGUUAAUGCUUGCUGCUGCAGUUUAUUUAGCUUUCUGUUUUCUCAAGGGUUAUUUCUUAUUUCUGCUACUGUGAAGAUACAUCAUACAUACGAGUUGCUAGAGUUUUGUUUAUUUACUGUAAACAUAAAACACACACAGAGCAUCAGCACAAUUAUCACAGUAAUUUAAGUACAAAGAAAUUCUUGAUUUCAUAAAUUGUCACGUUUAUGUCGCCUUCAGCUCAACAUUUUGCGAAACAGGUAGUCUUAUAUAGCAAUUUUGUGGUGAGGAUUAUGUUAAUGAUCAAAUCUCAUGAACUCACACCUCCUUGUGAACAGGUGACAUUCAACAAGGUGAAAUGAGCAAUUAAAUUUUGCACCCAUCAUAUUUUAGUUAUCUGCAUAACCUCUGUGUGACAGAAUUUAAAAGUUGGUCUGUUGGACAAAAUUAGUAAGGAAGCAUCCAUAGUCUUUUGAUUCCUAAACGUUUUGGCAAACUUUAAAACUCUAGCCCUACAUUUUAAGGGCUUUGAAUGAUGUACCAAAAGUUGUUUGCUCUGUAUUUUUACUGUACAAUGAAUUAAGCACGCACACAAUUGCAGCAGCCUGUAAAUGCCUGCUUGUGAUCACAUUUGUUUUGAUUGUAUUAACCUUAUGUUUUUUUUCAAUUACUUUUUAAUUUUUGUUUUUAAUUAUAUGCUCUUUAUAAUGAAUCUUGUCCUUUUUUAAAAAUGCUCAUAAAUGAUGUAAAAAGUGUGUAAUGUGAUGUUUAAUGUCAUAUUGUCUAUUUACUAAAGUUUUGUAUAAAUCACAGUUUAUAUGGAAAGAAAGCAGUGAGCUGUGAGUGAAAAAGUUGCCCCCAUAAAGGCAGUGAAAAGCUUCAUGGAAAUAGUUGAUUUUGUUUGAUGUAGCUCUUAUGUUUACUGGUGUAAAGCUAAGCCAUUUGAUCAAAGCAAACCUUUCAAUCAGAAGGCUAAAUGUUUUGAUUAUCACAUUCUGCACAUAUCCUGAAUAAAUGCCCCUUGUCAAAUAAUCCCUUUAA